AUGAUAAGUUAAAUUAAAAAGUUCUUAAUUUUAUAGUGUUUAACUUUUUAUAUUUUAGUUUUAGAAGUUGAUAGCUAAAAUUGUUAAAGUGCAGAGAUUUAUGAUUUUGUAAAACAGCAAUGCUAAAAAUGUUUUGCUACUUGUGAGACUUGCAACGGGUUGACUUAAAAUAAUUGCUUGUAGUGUAAGAAUAAUUAUUUUAGAUAUUCAUUUGAUAAUAGCUGUUAAUAAGAAUGUAAAAAGGGAAUGUAUUUUAACUAAAAAACAAGUACUUGUGACUAUUGCAAAGUAUUUGGCUGUGAUUUAUGCAAUUCAAAUGAGCAAUGUGUUCAAUGUAGCUAAAACUUAAAUUUUGAUAAGUAAUAAGGAUGCAUUUUAAAUGAAAACAUAUGUGACUAAUAGUAAUAUUACUCAGUUUCUUCUAAAUAAUGUUCUUAUGAUUGCAGCAAAAAUGAAAUAAAAGAUUAAAAAACAAAACUUUGUCUACCCAUUUAGAAUUGUAACUACUUCCAAGAAACUGAAAAUAUCAAUUAUUUUUAAAAUACUCCAUUACUAAGCUUUUUAAAUAAUGGAUACCUAAUAUAAGCAGAUUAAAUUUGUUAAUUCUACCUCUAUGAUUAAAAUCUAAAUACUAUUUAUAAUAAAUUGUUAAUUAAAAAUCCAUAAGUAAAAACAAUCACAAACGGCCCUUAAAAUUUUGUUGAUGGAAACGUUAUAGGGUGCCAAACUAUAUAACAAACGAUUGCUUUUAACAUUUUAACAAAUUAAAUAGAAUUUGAAUUAAGCACUUAAUAAAAUAUAUUAUAUAGCCUAUAUAAAGUUUUUGUAGAGUACCACUUGUUAGUUUUGCAGUAUAAUUAAGGAGGAUUUAUAAUUUAUGACUACAUAUAAUAAUAGACUAUUUAUAGAGAAGAAAACAAAUACUACUUAGUAUACUUUGAAUUGAUAAAUACUUCCAAAUAGAUUUUUAUCUGCUAGUUCUACUUAGGUUAAUAUGUAUAUCAAAAUGCGAAACUUUAUUUAAGA